AUGGCCACUUUUGAUGAAGUAACAGCUCUCGAUUUCAUUAGACACCACCUUCUCAGUGACUACGAAACAUCAUAUUCUGAAUCCGAUCUAUCAGUUUCCGAUUACCUCACCUCUGAGGUACAACACAUAUCUGAUUUCUCAAUAAACCAUACAGUGUCGGAAUCUUUUAACAAUAGAACCGAGAAAUCCGUUGAGGAGGUGAAGGUACACUACAGGGGAGUAAGACGAAGGCCAUGGGGCAAGUACGCAGUAGAGAUUCGAGAUCCAAAGCGUAACAGUGGGAGAGUGUGGUUGGGGACGUUUGAUACUGGUGUUGAAGCUGCUAAGGCGUAUGAUAGAGCCGCAUCUCAUACUAAUUUCUAUCAAAAAUUAAGUCCCAAUUCUUGA